GGGGUCGGCAGGGUGGGGUUUGCCGGCCCGCACGUGUGGGAAGGCCGGGCAUGGGGGCUCCCUGAGGGGAGGAGAGCCCCGGCUUCGGCUGCCGAGAGAACCCGGCCGCUGCCAGCGCAGCUCCGCGCAGCCCGGAGCCGCCGCAGGGAGCCGUGCCCGGGCCGCUAACUUACCUGUGAAAGGAAAAGAAGUUUCCUGAAGUUUGGCCUAAGGUGUGGAAGGACUUUCUUCAAGCCUACCCUCUGCUUCAAACCAUCUUUGUCACUGAAGAAAGCAUUAGUUGAAAAACUUUGACCAUGACUGUGGUAUCCCUCAAACUUUUGAAAUUGCGUAACUUGGAGUCAGAAGCUCAUUUGGCCUUCCCAUCAGUGAAUGUCACAUCAGGGUGCAGGGUGUGGUGUCAGUGUUCAAUUCAUUUCACAGAACUUGGAAUGGAAGCUCUACAUCCACCAUGUUGCCCUGUGGACCAGUCCUGUCCUUUAUUCGGUGUCUGGUGCGGAAGAAGAACAUCAGUGGCGAAAGUCUUGAGGACACCAAGUUGUGCCGAUGCUUGUCAACAGUGGACCUUAUAGCCCUGGGUGUAGGAAGUACCCUUGGUGCUGGUGUUUAUGUCCUUGCUGGAGAAGUAGCCAAAUCCGAUUCUGGACCUAGCAUCGUUGUUUCUUUCCUCAUUGCUGCCCUUGCAUCUGUGAUGGCAGGUCUCUGCUACGCCGAGUUCGGUGCUCGUGUUCCCAAGACUGGUUCUGCGUAUUUGUAUACUUACGUUACAGUUGGUGAACUGUGGGCUUUUAUCACUGGCUGGAAUCUCGUUUUGUCCUAUAUUAUAGGUACAUCAAGUGUAGCAAGAGCCUGGAGUGGCACCUUUGAUGAACUUCUUGGAAAACGGAUUGGUCAUUUCUUCAGUGCCUACUUCAAAAUGAAUUACUCUGGGCUAGCAGAGUAUCCUGACUUCUUUGCUGUAUUACUUAUAUUACUUUUAUCAGGUCUUUUAUCUUUUGGAGUAAAAGAAUCUGCAUGGGUGAAUAAAAUUUUCACUGCUAUUAACAUCUUGGUCCUAAUCUUCGUUAUGAUUUCUGGUUUUGUGAAAGGCGAAGUUGACAACUGGAAAAUAAGUGAAGAAUAUCUCAGAAACCUUACUGCAAUAACAGAGAACUGCUCAUCCCAUGAAAAUGUGACAAGUAUGUAUGGGAGUGGUGGCUUUAUGCCAUACGGUUUCACAGGAACAUUGGCUGGCGCUGCAACCUGUUUUUAUGCUUUUGUAGGAUUUGACUGCAUUGCAACAACUGGAGAAGAGGUCAAGAAUCCUCAGAAAGCCAUACCCAUAGGAAUUGUGGUGUCCCUGCUUGUCUGCUUCACGGCCUAUUUUGGGGUUUCUGCUGCACUGACACUUAUGAUGCCGUAUUAUCUGCUAGAUGAGAAAAGUCCUCUGCCAGUAGCAUUUGAAUAUGUUGGAUGGGGUCCUGCUAAAUACAUUGUAGCAGUGGGAUCCCUCUGUGCUUUGUCUACAAGUCUUCUUGGAUCCAUUUUCCCAAUACCACGUGUAAUCUAUGCUAUGGCGAAGGAUGGGUUGCUUUUCAAAUGUCUAGCUCAAAUCAAUCCCAAAACGAAGACCCCACUAGUUGCUACUCUAUCGUCUGGUGCAGUAGCAGCUGUAAUGGCAUUUCUGUUUGACCUAAAGGCUUUAGUGGACAUGAUGUCUAUUGGCACACUUCUUGCUUAUUCACUUGUGGCAACCUGUGUCCUCAUUCUUAGGUACCAACCCACCUAUGAGGAACCAAAGUACUCUCCAGAGAAAGCAGCUCUGGCUGCAGCUGAAAGGGAAUCUGCAGUGAGUGAGUCACAGAUAAACAUGAUAGAAGAGAAUAGCUUCCAUCUUCAGGCCUUGAUUAGUCCAUCCAGUUUACCAACUGAGCAGACUGCAACUAUAGUUAACAUUUUAGUGAGUCUCUUAGGUUGCUCGAUUUGUGGCUUGAGUAUCCUCAUGACAUAUGGGAUUCAUUUCAUUGCUAACUUGAAGCCCUGGAGUAUUGGCCUUCUUGCUUUUUUGGUGGUAACAUUCAUAGUUACGAUUCUCCUCAUCCAAAGGCAGCCUCAGAACCGGCAGAAAGUAGCCUUUAUGGUUCCACUAUUGCCAUUUUUGCCAUCAUUCAGUAUACUGGUAAAUAUUUACUUGAUGGUACAAUUAAGUGGAGAAACUUGGAUGAGAUUUAGCAUCUGGAUGGCACUUGGCUUCGUCAUUUACUUUGCUUAUGGCAUCAGACACAGUGUUGAAGGUCAUCAGGGAGAUGGAUAUGAUGAUUCUUGUUCAGAAAAUAGUGGGUUGCAAGAAAAGAACCCAGUGGAAGAAGUGGAUGACACUGAAAAUGCAAAUGAAAGGGAUCAAUUUCUUCCACAUGAAAGGACAAGUGCAUGUUAAACUCUGCAAACACACAAAUAUUUUAAACCUUCAAUUGGGAUUUUACUUGCAGACUGAAAUUUCGGAAGCUUUCUGCCAACACUGGGCCUAUUGAAAGUGUUUACUACAAGGCCUGACUGGUAUUUUGGACAAGCUGCUAAUCUGUCUUCAUCAUUUCAGAACUGACAGCAUGGAGAUUAAUAUUUAAAUUUUUAAAAAAAGUACCCUUUGGCAAGCAAAAAUUUGGAGACAUUAUUUGAAGUGUCAUGCAAAGUCACUGGCAAUCAUCAAAUAUGAAGAAUUUUAGAACUGUCUGCAAGACGUUCUGAGUAUUUGACAAUGCACUGUGAACACAAGUGCCUUUCAUACCUUCUCCUUAUCUUCGUUACAUGUUUUGGUAACAAUCUAAAUUCUCUUCUUUCUGUUGAAGUAACUCAUGGGAGAUAAAUUUCAUUCAUACAAGCCUGGAAAGUAUUUGCAAAAUGAAUGGUAAUUGCAUGGAUUAGAUACUUUGUAAAAAUUAGAGGAUCAUAUAUUUAUGUAAAAAGAAGUAAUUGCUUCUCUUUACUACCCAUGACUACUCAUCAGUAGUCAUGGAGAACUCAAGCAGUGAAGAUACUCCAAAGGUUUUUAGUCCCUCUAAAUAACAUUCAAGAUUUCUGCUUAACUGCAUGCCUUUUCUUUGAAGGAUGCUGUGUGUAUAGAAUAAUACUCACAAGAGGAGCUCUUUUGUUUUCUGCAAAAUCAUCUGGGGAAUAAUCUGUUGGUUACAAUAUUGACAGUGACAAUCAGAUGUGAUUUAGCAAAUUUUGUGCUUUUGACUUCAGAAGGGCCAGAAUUUUAUCCCACUAUAUAAUUUGGUACUUACCUACAGCCGUCAUCCAGUUUUCCUCCUAACAUUUUUCCCCCUAUACUUUCUCCUUUAUCAUGUUCCAGAACUGAUAUUGCUGAGAUUACGUUACACAUUGCUUCUCCUAAGAAAAAUUAAUGCAAAAAAUCCUGGCUUUCUUUUCAGGGGAGGUUAAAAAACCAGAGGUUUGGACUUUGGGAAAAAGCCUUAUCAAAAGAGUAUUUCAGUGCUUCAUUAAGUCUUACACAUAUGUUAGCACAGCACUUUUUUGUGAGCCAAGCCUACAUCCACAAACCCCUUCAUGUGGGUAUGAUGUCUUCAUGCUAAUUUAUGUAAAGAACCAAACUGGUAUGGCUGUGCUGGGUGAACAAUUAUUUUAAUGCUGGUAAAACCAGAAACUGUUCUUCUUUCAGUAUAAAUCAUGUUAUCUGUCAAAGGCACCCAAAUAUUUUAACACUUUUUCUCAGCAAGGAGUAGGUUCAAGUCCCAUGAAUGAUUCCACAAUAUGAAGUAUUUUGCAAAAAUAUAUUUACAAAUCCUUCCCUAUAGUAAGAAUUAUCUUGGAAUUUGUCAUGGAGAGUUGCAAUCUGCUGCUGGCAUUAGCCAUUGGUAUUAAUCUCUAUUGGUAGGUAUAAGAACUUUAAAUACCAUGAGAGCUAUGUUGGUUGAAAAGCACCUUACUUUUUAUAACAGCUGGAAUUUCACAAAAAAAAAAAAAAAAAAAGAAAAAAGAAAAAACCAAACUAGUUACGCUGCUUCUACAUCUCUCCUUUUUCAGAGCAAUAUGUCACUCUUUUUAAUCUUAAAAUGACUUCUUUCCCAGUAGUCUUAAAUCCUCAGCUUCAAAAAAAGCCAUUGCUGCGGGAGCAAGUCAGCUGUGCCCAUUUAAAGCUUUUGCGUGAUGUCUUUACAAGCCUAUGGUGAAACACAGCUCUUAAAAUUCCUUCCACAUCUCAGCAUGUGGGAAGCACAGACUUGCUUUUUGCUAUGGUUGUUGAUGCCACAGAGCAGGCCAGCCAGGCUCCCCAGACGCAAACUGCUGCUGUUCUGUGAUAUGCAAGGAAGACUCCAUUCCCUCCCAAGGCCAUCAUACAGAACGUGUGUGUGCACACCUGUCUAUGCAUUUGCAUCUGUCUGACAUUAACCCAUAGCAAAUCUGAUGUACUGAUUAAAAUAAUUUCUAUAAGGCCUCUGGAGGGAACUAAAGGAAGUAAAUUUUCUAGCUUAUUUACCCGAUGGAUGUGUCAGCACUUUGUGUAUUGACAGUUUCCCCUUUCAUUUGUAUGAAUAUUUCUCCCCCCUUGUUAGAGAAAUUAAUUAUUUUAAAAUAAUAGAAUGUGCCUGUACAAGUGUUGCUAAGACAGAUGGGAGGAGCUGCAGCACCAGAACUAUCCACAUAACUAAUGAGAUAUGAAAUGAAAUUAAAGGAAAGUCAUUGGGUACUCAUAGUUGCUUCAACUGAGCAAAGCUUAUUUAUAUGUGUGUAAAGUCAUUAUUAGUCAGUGGCUGAGUGAAAACAGACAAGCCAGAAGUAAGAUAUUUAUAGUAAAUUUGAUGUGCAUUUCUAUAUGCAGUCUUAAAAUUGCAGAUGCUUUAGCAGGCCUUUGCAGAGGCAAAGGAUAUGCCAUGCUAGUCCUUACACAAGAGUGAUGGAUGCAACAAAUCCUGAUUUUGUUCUCACAUUUGCUCUAUAUUGGUACUUGCUGAAAGAUCAGCUGAAAGCACAAGUCCAUUGGAAUUAAAUAGUUGUUAUUUUUUUAACAACAGUAUUUUUGAUACUGUAAAUUGUUCUGUGCAAUUAAUAAUGGUACGUAUUAAUACAAAAUAUCUACUUUUGAAGGUAGCUUAAUGGGUUUUUAUUUCCUUUGUAGAAAAAAAUUCUCAUAAACUUUAUUUGUGUUGGUACAUUCUGGAUAUGCCAUUAGAUAAAGGAAUUAUUCUUACCCAGUUGGCUUUAAGAAAGUAAGCCAAAACAUAUGUAACAGAGAACAAAUAAAUCUUUUUGUUCUGAGGUAUAGGAGUCAUAAAACAUUUCUGAAUACUUCAUGUUAACUGAAGGGAUCCUCCUGUGGUAUUGCAGUCCUAAUUCUGCAAUGGGAAGUUUUAUGAGGCAACUUAGAUUUCAUUGUCCGUUAUCGUGAAUAAAACAAUUCUGUUAAUAAUAGUAUGCUUUUGCGGGUGUCGGCAUUUUCACCGACAAACGGGACAAGAAGCCUGGACAGGUGUUCCAGGAGCCUUUUAUUAUUUUAUUCCAUUAUCAGUCUCACAUACUGAGUUGAGACAGAGACGGUACAAAGCUCACUCUGGCACAGGCAUCCAGAGACUUCCUGGUUACAGACCAUUCUUAAAAGCUUCUUAGCCAAUUAGCAUGCUUCUAAAAUUUACACACAACUGUUUUAACCAGUCCUCAACAGCGCACGUACUUCUGUUGUACACAACACUCGCUUGUUACACCUUUCUAGAACAAUGCACAAUAUUCCAUUAUUAAGCUUAAACUUAUCUAUCCUGCUAAGCAUAUUUUUUGCAACUUCAAAACCUAUCUCUGCCAAACCUAGAAACUCCGGCCAUUGUUUCAAUGUCCUUGCUUGCUAUUAAUUGUAUCUUCUUCUACCUUCAAGUUUUCGCAGCUAAAGCUGAUCCCUAAACUCUUCUGCUUUAUUCCUGAAUCCUGCUUUUUUCUCACACCUAAGAGCCUUUUCACCUUCUGUGUUUCCCCACAUUCGGCCACAACAAAUGCUGGUCAGAUUCCUGAAAUCUGUCAUACUGUGCAUAUGUUGCCAAGUGUUAAAGCAAUUUAUAUUACCUGCUGUUGCAGAACUAUCAGCAAUAAAUGUCAAGAGUAGUGAUACAGAGUUACUUAUGUACUUAAGUAGGAAUUGACCUGUGUCAUCCAGAAACUUCAAAUGAUACAAUGAAUUUAGAGGCAAAACUUGGUAAAGCUUAAAUAUAUAUUCUGUAUUUUGUUACAUGAUAAAUGUACAAGUCUAGUCACCUUUCCCCCAAAAUUUAUGCCAAAAAAUCUAUAUUUAAGAAAUAUAAGGCAUAGUGUUUUCAUAGAAGUUUUAAUAAGUGCCAGUAUCAAUGUGCCAUAAGCAUCCUGAGAUGAUGAAAUUGUGACAGUGCCGGAAACCUGGACUGUGCAAUUGGGUAUAAGGCUUUUGACAUUGAGGCACAUUUUGUACAGUAGGAAUUUAAUUCACAGGAAGGCUGGCAUGUCUUACUUGAGUGCAUAAAAAAGAAAAUAAAAGCACCUUUUUAAUGCUCCUGGGCCCUAAUUCUUCCUAGACACGCUGGGAAGUCUGUACAAAUUGCAGUAUGCUCACUGAAGGCACUGAGGUUACUCAGUGUUAAGCAAAUAUGUAUUUUACAGAAAGAGCAGGUGGUAUUUCAUAUAGCAUAGGAUCUUUGUUUUUAAUUUCCUGUACUUUUAGUAUUUCUUUCUGGUAUAUGUUUGGAGGACCUCUGCAUUUUUAAUAGCUAGACCUUUUCAAAGCUAAAUAUAAUGCCUUUACCAGGUACUGAUCUAUUUUCCAUUUGAUCAUAGAAAUCAAACUCCUUAACAUGAGCUAAGUUGAAGGAUUUCUGUGCAUAGACAUGCAGACAUGCAUUACAAAGAACUGUGUGUGUAUAUAUAUUUUUUUACUGUCAGUUGGACAAAUUCUGUUGUUUUUGUGUGUUUUCAUGAGCCUUGUGCCAGGUAAACUCCAGCUUCACCAAGUUUAAUUGGAGUCAGAAUAUGAGGAAUAAUGAAUAUUUAGGAGACCUUUUUUCUUUUGUGGUACCAGAAAGUAAAGCAUGAAAUACAUGUUACAUAUCUUUAAAAACAAUUAUGUGUGCAUCGUUUUAAAAAACAUUAGCAUUCAUAUCCAUCUUAACUUUUCUUUUUGUUCAUAUGUACAUUUUAGUGAUUAUUUCUGUAUUGUAUGCUGCUGAGCAUUUAAAGUGUAGAUCGGAUGAUUAUGAUGCAAUUUAAACUACAAAUUUGUAAUUCUUUGAAGUGCUCUACCAAAAUGAAAAGUCUUGAAUUUUUAUGAAUGUAAAAAUGCUUGUAUUUAAAAAUAUGGUGCUUUUUUUCCCACUUUACAACAGAAUUGUUAUCAGUGACAUUUUUAGUUACUUUAGUCCCAAAUUCUAAUAGAAAUUACAUUGCUCUUCAUUUACUGUAAAACAUGCUUUGUGGCAUAACAAUUGUGCAUUUGUUCCAUAUUUUUUAAAUAAAGUUGAAUAUCACUUGUA